GAGCCCCAGAGAAAGAAAACCCAACCCUGACCUCUCAUCUCCUCCUUGUUGCCCGCCUACCGCCGCCAUUCUGCGCUGCGCCUCCACGCUCUCCCGCUGCUCUCACCGCCGUCUCGCGCGAAGUUGCUGAGCUCAAGCUAGAGAAGAUGUAUACGGCAAGGAGGAAGAUCCAGAAGGACAAGGGUGUGGAGCCAACUGAGUUUGAGGACACAGUUGCCCAGGCGUUCUUUGACCUCGAGAAUGGGAAUCAGGAGCUUAAGAGUGACUUGAAGGACCUUUACAUCAAUGGAGCAGUGCAGAUGGAUGUGCCUGGCAACAGGAAGACUGUUAUCAUCCAUGUUCCAUACAGGCUACAAAAGUCUUACAAGAAGAUUCAUGUGAGGCUUAUUCGGGAGCUUGAGAAGAAGUUCAGUGGGAAGGAUGUUGUUCUGGUUGCAACUAGAAGAAUUGUGCGCCCCCCAAAGAAGGGUUCAGCUGUUGUCCGUCCACGUAGCCGCACUCUUACCGCCGUUCAUGAUGGCAUUUUGGAAGAUGUUGUGUAUCCAGCUGAGAUUGUUGGGAAGCGUGUUAGGUACCACUUGGAUGGUGCAAAAGUCAUGAAGGUCUUCCUGGAUCCAAAGGAGCGUGCCAACACUGAGUACAAGCUUGACACUUUCAGCUCUAUCUACCGGAGGCUUUGUGGGAAGGAGGUUGUGUUUGACUACCCCGUGGCUGAGAGCGCUUGAGCCCCCUUGUCCUUUAUUCAGCUGGCUAUUACAAUAUGUUCUGUCUAUCUGAAACAGAUAUUACCAUAUAUUUCAUGCGUGAAAUAGUGUUGAACAUCCUGGAAUAUGCCAAUCUCGUUUCUUCUUAAAGCUGUCUUGGAUUGUGCAAAUGAUUUGCAUUGCAGUGCAUGAUAUAUCUGCUGAUAAAAGAAGGAA